AGUUGCCAUCACAAGGCGACACAUUAGGCAGGGAGGGUAGGAGCGAGAGAGAGAGAGAGAGGGAGCAGCAGUGGAAUGUUGUGUUGUGGCGCACGGCUGCAGAAGACCUGAAACUCGGACCUUUUUGUCUCCUUUCCAUCGCCUGGGGUGGACGGGCCUUGGAGGACGGGGGUGAGGGCAGGAGGACGGAGGGGGGUGGGGUUCUCUGACGUCAUCCGUCUGGCCAUCAGGCCAACGCACCGUGCCGCUUUUUGUCCUCCGACGAGGAAAAGGACAGAGAGAGAGAGAGAGAGAGAGGAGGGCCGAGAGGGAGCUCUCCUCUGCUUCCACGCCAACAUAUGAGCAGCAUCGACACGAGGAGAGAGAAAUAAACAAAGGCGCCUCCUCCUCCCUUCCAUUGCGCUGCCUCCGCCAGCGAGCGGCUCACAGGCUCCGCUCAUGUCCGUGAACUCUGAGAAAUCCUCGUCCCCGGAAAGGCCUGAGUCGCAGCAGAAAGCCUCGGUGAGCGUCACCCCUCCCCUGCCGCCCCCUCCGCCUCCCCCGGAGCCGGCGGGGCCCCCGGAGCCAGAGGAAGAGAUCCUGGGCUCUGACGAUGAGGAGCAGGAGGACCCAGCGGACUACUGCAAAGGAGGAUAUCAUCCCGUCAAGAUCGGGGAUUUGUUCAACGGGAGAUACCAUGUGAUCAGGAAGUUGGGCUGGGGACAUUUCUCCACCGUUUGGCUGUGCUGGGACAUCAUAGUGAAGAACUUUGUGGCCAUGAAGGUGGUGAAGAGCGCCCAACAUUACACUGAGACCGCCCUGGACGAGAUCAAACUGUUGAGAUGUGUCAGAGAGAGUGACCCCGUUGACCCCAACAAGGACAUGGUGGUCCAGCUCAUCGACGACUUCAAGAUCACCGGAGUCAACGGCAUUCAUGUGUGCAUGGUGUUUGAGGUGCUGGGCCACCACCUGCUGAAGUGGAUCAUCAAGUCCAACUACCAAGGUCUGCCUCUGCCCUGCGUCAAGAGCAUCAUCAGACAGGUGCUGCAGGGGCUGGACUACCUGCACACCAAAUGUAAAAUCAUCCACACGGACAUCAAGCCGGAGAACAUCCUGAUGUGCGUGGACGACACCUUCGUGAGGCGGAUGGCCAUGGAGGCUGCAGAGUGGCAGAAGGCAGGAGCCCCGCCCCCUUCUGGGUCGGCAGUUAGCACAGCCCCGCAGCUCAAAGCGGUGAGUACGACUGAUGUGGGAAAGAUCUCCAAGAACAAGAAGAAGAAGCUGAAGAAGAAGCAGAAGCGUCAGGCUGAACUUCUGGAGAAGAGGAUGCUGGAGAUCGAGGCCCUGGAGAGGGAAGCUGAGAAGGAGAAAGGGGAGGAGGGGGAGGAAGAGCGAGCAGGAGAGGAAGAAGAUGGCGCCCAGAAGAAGCAACCAGCACCACCACCACCACCACCGCCUUCUGCAACACCAGCACCACUGGGCCCCAGCAUGGCCCUGGGAGAGAGCGAGGAGGAGGAGGAUGACGAUGAGGACUGGGAGGAUGUGGAGGAGGAAGGUGGAGAGAGGCCCAUCAGGUUAACCAAUCACACAUGUGCGGCGCACACGGAGGAGGAGCCCAGCGAGACGCCUGAAGGUGGGCGUGAAGAAGGAGAAGAUGCGACCACGCCUGUGGCUGAAAGGGAGGCCUCCAUCCCUCUUGUCACCGUGCAAGCUCAUGGGGAUUCUGCACUGGCACAGGAGGUGCAGGAAGAGCCAGAAAAGAAGGAGGAGACAACACCGAAGGUAAAUGAGGAGCAAAAAGAGACUGAGCUUGAGGAGAAGGAGGCAGAAGAGGAGAAGGAGGCAGAGGAGGAGGAGAAGGAGGCAGAGGAGGAGAAGGAAGCAGAGGAGGAGAAGAAGGAGGAGGAGAAGGAGGCAGAAGAAAAGGAGGAGAAGGAGGCAGAAGAGGAGGAGGAGUCCAAUGAGGAUGACGACACCACCACCACCACCACCGACCUCCUCGCUUCCCCCAUCAAGUCCCCGACCAACAAAAGCACUCUGCCCAAAACCAACGGCCACAUCCUCCUCACCUCUGAGGGUGUGGGGGACCACCCGGCCCCUUCGCCCACCCCCGAGACCCUCCUCUGCCCCCUGGUGGAGUCCGAGCUCAGCUACACCGACAAGGACGUCUCGCUCAGCUCUGGCUACGAGAUGUACAACGGCGAGACGGCGCUGACCAACGGCGCCGGCGAGCGCCAUCGGGUCGCAGCCGUGCUGCCUUACCCCGAUUUACCCCUGGAUCCAGAGCCGGGGGAGCCCGCCUGCGUGGGGGCGGGGCAAUCACCGGAAAGCCCCACGGCGGACCGCAGCCGCACCGUGUCAUCCUCCAGCACAGGGGACACGCCCAAAGUCCGGGUCAGAGCUGCAGAUCUGCUCAUCAACCCUCUGGACCCACUUAAUGCUGAAUCCAUUCGAGUGAAAAUAGCUGACCUCGGCAAUGCCUGCUGGGUGCACAAACACUUCACAGAAGACAUCCAGACCAGACAGUAUCGCUCCAUCGAGGUCUUGAUAGGAGCUGGCUACAGCACACCAGCGGACAUCUGGAGCACCGCUUGCAUGGCCUUUGAGUUGGCCACAGGAGAUUACUUGUUUGAGCCUCAUUCAGGGGAGGACUACUCCAGGGAUGAAGACCACAUCGCUCUGAUCAUGGAGCUCCUCGGGAAGGUCCCACGCAAAGUUUUCCUUGACGGGAAGUUCAGCCGAGAGUUUUUCUCCAAGAAAGGCGAGCUGCGACACAUCACUAAGCUGAAGCCCUGGUCGCUGUUCGACGUGCUGGUGGAGAAGUACGGCUGGUCGCACGAGGACGCCAGCCACUUCGCCCACUUCCUGCUGCCCAUGCUGGAGAUGGUGCCCGAGAAGCGGGCGUCGGCGGGCGAAUGCCUCAACCACCUGUGGCUCAACUCCUAGUCCUUCUUCCCCCUCCCCCUCCUCCUUUUCUUUGCUCCCUUCACAUUUCCCCCCCCCCCCCCCCAGUGGCAGCCCGUGGUACUGUACCUUCUUUGUUGUCCCCAACGGAACGUCAACAAAAAGACUUUCCGGUGGGCGCCCGCGUCUUCCGGAACAUCCCGAGAGCGGGGGACGGAUGCCGCUCCUCACGACUCCACCUGGAUUACUGCCCAGCUCCACCUGCCACGGACUUCUUGCUCCCACAAAGGCCUCCCAGAGAUGCAUGAUCCCGAGCUAUGUGGCCUCCAGCAGGGGGCGCCACCCUGAUGGCACAGAAGGGACUUCUUUUUCAAAAUGCAUGGGAAAGGACAAGACUCUCGCAGGAAUACUCACUCCAUUUAAAUGCUACUUCUUUACAGAAGGUGGGCGGUCCUCGUCCUUCAGGAAUCUGACAAGUUUGUACAUAAGACUCGGAUUCGGCAACGCACACGAGCAUCAUUCCGAACUCAAAUUAGAGAAGAGUUCCUCGGAGGGUGACUCUCUCCCUCCCCCUGGCGGCCGAACGUGAGUACUGCAAGGCCACAUGGGCGCUGCUGCCAACACUUUACUCACACACCACAACUAGUCCGGUUGCCUAUUUUUUGCAAUUGCAAUAAAUUAAAAAAAAUACGAAAAACAAGUAUAAGCAAAUGGUGAGAUAUUUUUUAAGAAAGCUAUUUAAUUCAUUUAAAAAAAGAAAAUGUGGAAAAAAAAAUGUGUUGUGACGGAACCUUCUGCGGAAAUCGUGUUUGUCUAUGAUGGUAUUUUCUUUCCUUGUUAUUAUAAUUAUUCCUGUUGAUUAAUAUUAUCGUUACAAUUUUUUACUCCCUCCUUAGCGGAACAGUGCUGCUCUGAAAAAAAAAAAAAAGAGAAGAAAAUCAAGUUUUCGCAAUAAUAGUAUGUGAUAUUUGAUUUUUUUUCUGGCACCAAAAAUCUCCUUAAGUUCCUCUCAGCCAUGCUGACUGUUCUUCCUAAAGUGUGUCUAUUGUGUUUUUCAUUGACAGAUUGAAAUAAAAUGCUAAACAUAUGGACUGAA